GAUCUAACCUCCAGCCCAUGACUGCCCCUUUUUGAUUGAUGUGAUGCAAUGUGGUGCAUGCAGUGUGCUCUUAAUUGUGCAUUAAAUUUGUGCAGAAGUGUGUUCUCUGUAAUGUGCCUGUUUUAAUCAAAGCACAACAGAAGAGUUUUAGAUGUAGAUAAGGGGGAGUGGAACGGGUUGGAUAGUUCAGACUCUAUCUGCACGAAAGCCCCAGGAGUCAUGGGAGACCAUGACUUUGAGCUGCAUGAGGGGUAAUAAACUCUAGUAAACUCUAUUUUAAGAUUAUUUAAAGAAGAAAACACAGACCCCCACUUCCCAACCCUUAACAAUAAGUGUAAGAGUUGUCUAGGAUAAUGCGGAAAAUACUCAUCUAAACGAUUCUGUUUAUUUCAGCAUUGAAGUUAUCAGUAUGUAGGGGCAACUCAUCGGCAUGCACCCUCAUAUCCACAGCGUUUGACCAGUGUGUGGCUGUUAAUGAUUACAAUGAAUUUAGACCCAAGACACAGAAAGUAAACAGUGUAAAGGUUGGUUACUGUGCAAAUUUAACACAGUACAGCACUUACUUAUCAUCUACAGAGGUGCAUGUGUUUGGGUAAGGCGGCUGCAGCUACUUGACGGAAGAAUGGCAAAGAACAUCCUCUGCCUGUGGACUUGUCUUUUUUCAGCAUUAUUUUACACCGGCAUACAUGGAGCUCUGGAACAGGAGACUGAAAACAACAUACAGAUGUUUGAGAAGAACAACGAUUUCGCUUUCCGUCUGUACAAAAGCAUAGUGGCACAGCCGGAGUCCCAGUCCAGGAAUGUGUUCUUCUCUCCACUGAGCGUGUCCACGGCGCUGGCUGCCCUUUCUUUAGGAGCAGCUGGUGAGACCCAUGAGCAGCUUCUCAGUGGCCUUGGAUUCAACAGUUCCAUCUUGACCAGUGAGGAGGUGCACCAGGCCUUCCUCAGUCUCCUACAGACCCUCAAUCAGAGGACAGGUGUGGAUCUGGAGGUUGGCACUGCUCUCUACGUCCAGGACACUUUUAAGCCUCAUGCUGAUUUUCUGGAGAAGAUGAAGCGUUUCUACCUUUCAGAUGGUUUCUCUGUUGAUUUCACCAAAACCGCAGAGACCACUGAGCAGAUAAACAAGUACGUCAGUGAAAAGACACGCGGCAAAAUUAGCAAGUUUAUUGAAGAUCUGGAUUCCAGAACAAUCAUGUACCUGCUCAGCUAUAUAUAUUUCAAGGGUAAAUGGAUCAUCCCGUUCGACCCCAAAUCUACUCAACAGAGGGACUUCCAUUUGGAUGAUGAAACUACUGUUCCAGUUCAAAUGAUGUAUAAUAAAGAUUACUUUGAUGCCCAUUAUGAUCAGCAGCUUUCUGCACAAGUCCUUAUUCUCCACUACAAUGAUUCUUUGUCCAUGAUGCUGGCUCUCCCAGAGAAGGGUCUCAGUGCUCUGGAGGAGACUAUAUCUACACAACACAUAGUAAAGUGGCUGAGAUGGGCGAUGAAACGAAAGUUUGAGAUAUAUGUACCCAAGCUGUCCCUAAAAACAUCAUAUUCCUUGAAAAAUAUUCUGACGGGAAUGGGAAUGGCAGACAUGUUUACAAACAAAGCUAACUUCACUGGGAUUUCUUCUGAGGAAAAUCUCUUCGUGUCUGAGGCUGACCAUCAAGCUAGUCUGGAUGUGGAUGAAACUGGGGCCACUGCAACUGCGGUGACUGGAGUAGGCUUUAUGCCCAUGUCAUGGGUUCAUACGCCAGUUCUAGUCUUCGAUCGCCCAUUUAUGAUCUUUAUUGUUGACCGGGAAACUAAAAACGUCCUCUUUAUGGGGAAAAUUUUCAACCCAGCAAAAAAAGAUGCAAACUGAUUAGGAAAGUUUUGUCUUUUUGUUUAUUGAUUUGACAUUUUCUGUCUAUUGUAAUCAGUAAUGCGUAUUAAACUAUACAAUUUCUCUCUGUACCUUUAACAUGACUUUCAUAUAGCGUUACAGUACUUCACUGAUGUUUGAUAUUAGUGUAUCUUAAUUGUUACUUCUUAUUUCUGAUUAAAGUUGAGACUGUCCUGGAAUUUCUAGAUAUGGAGGACCUUCUGGGUGUUUUUAUUGCUUUGAUUUGUCUGUCCAGGUCAUCCUGAGCAGUAGAACUGAGGUCACCGAAUCUGUCAUUCAGCAAAACAACCCUGACCAUGACCACCACCUCACCAUCACACAAAGCACAGCAGUUAAACUUCAAUUUUUGACGCAUUGCUCUGUCUUUCACACCACAACUGUCCAGUUUUUGGUCAUGUGAGUCCUUUUGUCUUAUUCUCCACCCUUGACCAAUAUACUUCCAUUAAGGCCUUCAUAUCUCUGAACAGUUGACAUGAAAUGUGCUUCUAGUAACAUUUAGGAGUACCUGGGCAGGAAACUCCCAGUUUUCCUGACUCAGAUGUCCUCCAUUAGUUCUGAGCGUUCGCCUGAAGCUGCCAAUACUUUCAGCUUUCUUGACUGGUUCUUUAUUUAAUGUGGCCCAAAAAACAAACAAACAAACAAACAAACAAAGCACUUGUGAUUUGUCAUAAGGCUGACCUCAAUGACUUAAAGUGAUUGGAGGCUGCAUUUUUGUUUUGCUUAUGUAAGCAUAUUUGUCCAGAUAUUUGCUUUAUGCUCCCUUACAUCCAGGACCACUUUCACACUCUUACGCACACUUAAGACUUUUUUGAUUGAUUCAGGCUAAAUAAAAUGAAUGACCAUUAAAAUUGACAUGAUUUCUAUUGUAAAUAUCAAAUACAGCUGAAACAGUGGUGUUAAUUAGCUAUUAUUUUAUGCCUAAAAUGUUCAGUGGGACCCCUGAUCAUUGAAGAACAGUGUAAGUUUGAAAAUAUGCACAUGUGGUGCAUUGUGUAAAAUAUAUUACAUACUGUCCUUGGAAAAAAAAAAAAAAAAACCUUUAUUGAUCCAGCAAAACCAUCAGUACCAAACCUCAUCAGCAAAUGUCUGUGCACUGUCUAUAGGAGAACUGAUCGCCCAAAUUUAGCAUUAAAUUCACUGUGAAUUUUAGCACCAAAAUGGCCAAAACAUCUAAGACUACAGUUACUGAUGUUUGCAUUUUUAGACCCUUUUUCUGGUUUGUUUUCAUGAACCCACAGUUAAAUGUGUAGGAAAAUGUCAUCUUGGGGGUACUAUAUCAAAUUUAUUGCACAUUCGUCUUGGCAAUGGACUUUCAUUGGUACAGCUAAAUAGUCAGUGUCUUUAUUAUAGGCUUCUCUUUCUGAAAAUACAGCUUUAAGGUUAGUAAAAUACCUAGAAAGUGUCACUGUGUGGUCUAUAUAAGCACUUAUCAUGUACAUAAAGUAUAAAAAUUACCUUUAAUUUUUGGACCAAAAUGCAUAAGACUAUAGUCUUACUGUUAUGUGUAUUUUUUUAUUCAUUUCUUUCAUGAAAAAAAUCUGUUAAAUCUGUUUAAAAAUGUGUCCACAUGGUGGAUUAUGUCAAAAACGUUGCAGUUUUUACAUGGAGACAAAUCUUUAUUGGUCCAGUAAAACUAUCCAUACCUAAACCAUCAUUGCUUUAAAAUGAAUGGAAAAGGUUCUGUAGGAGUAUUUAGCAUUAUAAUAAAGACCAAAAUGAUCAAAGUAGCUAAGACUAUAGUCUUACAUACCAGCACAUUUUUGGACUGUUCCUAAAUUCCCUUCAUUUUCAUGGAAAAUGUCUCCACAUGGUGGAUUAUAUCAAAUAUGCUGCAGAUUUUUCUUGAAAAUGCAUUAAAGUUGUUACAGCAAAAUCAGUUCGCAAAACCUGGUGAAUCUUUCUGUAAAUAUUCUUUUAUUUUCAUUAAAAUCACUAGAAAGUGUCACAGUGUGGUCUAUAUAAGUACUUACCACACAAAUACCUCCAAAAAAUCACAAUGCAUUUUUGGACCAACAAGGUUAAAAUACAUAAGACUACAGCUUUACUGUUGUGUGUAAUUUUAAUGUUUUUUUCAUAAAGUAUAAAAAUUGCCUGAAUUUUUGGACCAAAAUGACCAAAAUACAUAAGAAAAUGUAUUUGUACUGUUUGUAGAAACAUUUACCACUUAAAAUUCCCUUAAUUUUCAUUAUAGCACCACAAUUCCUUCAUUUUUGAUCACUGACUCCCUUGAUGCAUCAAGAGCAUCAGUACUUGACUGGUAUAUGAACUAUAGGUUCAUCUUUCUAAACAUAGUUUUAUUGUCAUCAAACAGUUUUAUUGUCAUCAAAAUUAUUGACUGCAUUUUUUUUGCAUGAGUGUCGGAGGAUUAAAAACACUAUUCCAUUUUA